AAAGAUCCGGAUGUGGAACAGACUUCUGAAAACCCCGAUUCACCCGUCAAUUCUGACCGGGAAGCUGCUGAAGAGACAGCAACUGGAUUAUCGGAAUCGGUACCUGUUCCGGUGGAUGUUGUACUGAAAGGUUGGCUGGACUAUGCUACCACCACAAUUCUACCACUGGCGGACCCGCGAAAACAAGCGGAAGAGUUGGGCAAAUUUGUUGCAUCUUGUUACGGUGGUCCGGUGGAUAAGGCCACAUUGAGUGCAUCGUAUCAUGAGCUGAAUUUGGCCGAGAUCAAGUGCAGUAUCGAAUCUAAUGUCAUUCCUCUGGGGCGCAUCAAAAAGGGGUCACAAUUCCACCGCGGACUGCUAUUCAAAUUUCUGGCCGAUCAUAUCGGUCUGCCCACAAAUUUGGUUCGAGGAAAUUACGGACGAACAUACAACGAGCUAUUGCUUAGAUCAACGACCAACGCACCCAAACCAACGAUGAUUCCCUAUGUUGUCGAUCUGAUGCUUUCACCUGGGAUGCUCAUGGACCCAAGCUCGAGCGAAGCAAAAGAAUACGUCAGUAUUUUGUCACAGUAG